GACGCGUCUUUGAAUCUUUCAGUAUUCGCCUGACGUAUACACUAUUCGUAAUUUUGCUCUUAAGGAGAAGUAUGACCAAAGAUUGGAGAACUAUUUUCGUAACCGGAGGGGCCGGUUACAUCGGUAGCCAUUGUAUCCUUGAACUUUUAGAGAGUGGGUACGAUGUUGUUGCAAUAGAUAAUUUUGCUAAUAGCGUAACCGAAGGCAGCGGUGAAUCCGCGGCACUUAAAAGAGUGGAGCAAAUAACAGGGAAAAAAGUUACCUUUUACAGCUGCGAUCUCAUUGACCGAGACAAACUCGAAACGGUUUUUAACAAGCAUAAAAUAGAUUGUGUAAUUCAUUUCGCGGCAAUAAAAGCAGUUGGUGAAUCGAUGCAAGUUCCGUUGCAUUAUUAUCGAAAUAAUAUAAUCGGUGCUAUCAAUUUAUUAGAGGUAAUGAAAGCCGCUGGAUGUUUUCAAUUAGUUUUUAGUAGUUCUUGUACAGUAUACGGAGAACCAAAGGAACUCCCAAUUACGGAAGAACAUUCAACAGGAAAUAUUACAAAUGUAUAUGGUAGAACGAAAUAUUUUAUUGAAGAAAUGCUUAAAGAUAUAUCGAGAGCUGAAAAGGUGUGCUUUCAAUAUAUUUAUAAUUGACUAAGUUUUAUAUUAAUACAAGAAAUAUUUAAAAAAUUCGUUCGAAAUAAAAUAUGUACGAAGCCCGAUCCUACAAAGCCAUUUACAAAUUUAAUGCCUUAUAUAGCACAAGUAGCUUUAAGGCAUAAGCCUGAACUUGUAAUUUUUGGGGGUGAUUACCCUACACAAGACGGUACAGGUAUACGUGAUUAUAUUCAUGUGAUGGAUUUAGCGGCCGGUCAUGUAGCAGCUUUAAACACUUUACACAAACGACAUUUAAGGCUAAAAAUUUACAAUUUAGGUACUGGCAAAGGUGUAUCUGUACUUGAAUUGAUUAAAACUUUUGAGAAUGUCACAGGAACAACAGUACCGUAUAUAAUUAAAGAGAGAAGAGAGGGCGAUAUAGUAUCUAUGUAUGCUAAUACAGAUUUAGCAGAAAAAGAAUUAGGAUGGAGGACCAGAUACAACGUUGAACGGAUGUGCGAAGAUUUCUGGAGAUGGCAAAUAAUCAAUCCUCAUGGUUAUCGGACUAAACCGGAAAAUGAUAUUAGUGAGCGUGUAAAUGGCAUUUCAUAA